AUGUCUAUAAAAUCACAAAAAUCUCUAAAUGACGAGUGUUCUGAAAUAUUCGAGAGGAGCUACUCCGUGAGAAGUGUUUCCGAGGAGAGUUUGUCGGGUAGUGAAGAUGAAGAGGAGUCCUUGUCUCGGGAACUGUUGAAGAAACUGACCCCGGCGGUGCUCAGUAAGCUCAGACGGAGCUUUAAGAAAGCUAAGGAGAAGAAUGCUGCCAGGGAUAUAGACAGGCGAGUAGAAGAGGUGAUGCGCACUGCGGCCGCUGAGGAGGGCAUCGAGUUCGCUGCGCCUGCGCAAGUGUUGCCCAAUACUUUGUACUUAGACGAGAGUGGAUUCAUCACAGCAUUUAAUAAUAUAUUUGGUCACAGUAAAUAUACAAGUCACUCUCGGCAACUAUUCCGAACAUUGGAUACAUUCAGUAGCGGCCGGGUGUGGUGGCGGCAGGUGGUGUCGCGGCUGGUGGUAGCGGGCGGGCGCACCACCACCUCGCGCUCGGAGAGAUGGAACCCUGUCAGUGUUUGGGGGAUGAUUCAGUUGAAACAUUGUAAGAGGGAAACCAUUAUAAAGCUAGUGAGUAUAGAAAGAGAAAAUUCCUUCUGCUACGCCGCCGUGUCGAGGGGCGGGCGGGUUGGAGUGUACAGUGGUGAUAUGCAGCUUCUAAAUACUUACGAGGUAUUCUACCACAGGACUGGAGUGCGUCGUCGUGUCAAGAACUGCUGGAUAACUGAUGCAAUUUAUAUGAACGACGUGCAGUGUCUGUUACUGUCGGCGUCAGACCGCAGCCUCACGAUAUACGACGUGACGACACUCACUCACACACCCCUCUACUGUAUCACCGGUUUGCCGAACAUACCCACCUGUUUAGCUUACACAACGGAUGUAAGCUCCUGCGAGUCGGAGCUACUAUUCGGCUCAGAGCGCGGCGACCUGACGCGCCUGCGCUUUCUGCAACCACGUCUCUCGCUUCUUUACGUAAAAUCUCCGGACAACAUUAAUUAUUACUAUUGGAUGGAGCUAUCAUCCCCUCCUCACACCUCAUACUGCAGUACUAGUGUGUGGCGCAGGGUGCACUCCCGCGCAAUCCGCCGCGUCGCAGCUAGCGGAGACUUGGUGUUCACUUGCUCCCACGACACUAGUGUCAGUGUUAGAGCUCGCCAUGCGCCGGGAAAGCUUCCAGAUUAUAUUUUCCACGUACAAAGGGGUGUCACGUGUUUCCACAUGGUGCCUUCACUGCACAUGCUGGCUACUGGCAGUCCCGAUGGAGUGGUGCGACUGUGGGAGAGUCCUCAGGGCUCGCCUUUCGCUUCCUUAUCAGUUCCAGGAUCUCCUGCUGUUUUGGACGUUGUCGUUAUCGCUUCUUUGGAAAUAGUCAUAGCUUACUUUUGUAACUGUUACCUGCAUAUUUGGGAUCUAUAUGAAGAGUGUCUCCUUCAAACUGUCAAAAUAAAGUUUCCGUUCCUCGGCGUGCUCGGGAAGAAGGUGGAGUUUGGGACUUAUUGCAUUCAUCCUGGCCCCCCAAUUAAGAAAUCGUCUGAAGAUGCAGACGAUGUAUGCGGCCUGUCACGUCGUGGUUCCAGUGUGUACCAAGGGUCCACCGGGGGCCUGAUGCUGCAACCUGAACCAUCGCAUUCUCUGGAUGGGGUUGAAGGAGAUCCAGAAAAUAUACGUUUUAAUCGACCGGAGGUUUUAAUAACUUGCUGUGAUUACGUAUGCGUUGUCAAGCUGCGCGACCGGGAGGGCUCCACGCUGCCGCCUCCCGGAGACACGUUGAGGGCGCGACGUCCUUCCUUUUGGGAACUACCUCCUGAUUUAAUGGAACCUUCCAUACGAACGCGCAAACCAUCGCUUCAGUCACCGAAACUUCUGGCGCCGGUCGAGUCUGAACAUCCUUUACAAGAUCUUGACGAUCUUUUAGAAAAAGCUGGCCUUCAAGGAUUAAUAAGCAAAGACUUUGUCUUGAUGCAAGGACUAAAGCAUGAUUUAAACAAAAAACUGUAUGAAAUGGAAAAUAAUAAGGAAGCUAUGAAAGCGGCGGUCGGCGCGGGCGCUCCUUACUUAGCGCUGAAAAGCUACGAACCGGACCCUUUACCUUCCUUCGAGCAUUUAGCGGAGGAAUGCUCUCGUGUGUUGAGGUUGUUCCCCGCGUCCAGUACAGUGGCGACACCUACUGGAAGUGAAUUAUCUUCGCCUCGAACGUCGAAAAUUUUGAAACCU